AUGCCACCUCCACAAAAAGGAAAAACUCCUACAAAAGGUGCCAAACAAAUUUUGGCAGAAAAUGCAUCCACCGUACUUUUUUAUCGUAAUAUGUCACUUGGGGCAGGCGCAUUUUACAAUACAUUUUUCUACUUUUUCUUCUAUGAGCAAAUGUCAACCUUUAUUAUGAUCAUGAACAUAUUGGUAACGGUGAUCUACAUCACCUGUUAUCAAUUGAUGAGGUUUAUCAGCAGACCUCAUUUCUCAUCAGAUACCUCUCAACUCAUUGACCCUGGCCUGGACCUUAACAUGGAGGGAGGAAUGGGAGAGCACUUGAAAGAUGUGGUCAUACUGACGACUAUGACUCACUUGAUGGCACUCAUCUCGGACUACUUCUGGGCGGCGCUUCUAAUGAUCCCAGUAAGGGCUUUCUGGCUGAUCUGGUCAAACUUCAUCGCGCCUUGGUUUUUUCAGGAGAACUCUGAGGACACCGAGCAGGACGAGAAGAAACGCAGGAAAUUGGAGCGCAGAAUGAAGAGUAAAGCCGUCGCGUUCCAAGUGCACCACCUGUUUAUAUCUCCUAUGCAGUGGAAAUGUUUGCUUUUGCAAAGAGCUUUUGAAGAGUGGUUUUCAUUGCGGGUUCAAAUCAAAUACCUC